CCGGGCAGUGCAGCCGUCGCAGCGUGGCCGAGGAGGGGCUCUUGCCGGGGGCGUCGCGCAGCUGAAGGCGCCGGACCCGAUCCUUGCUCCCUUCGGGGGCUCCGCUCCGCCCCCCAAGCCAGCGCCGGAUUUGCCCUCGUCGCAGCCAAGAGGGGCGGCUCCCUCCUCCGACGGCCAGCCAAGCCCGGUGCGCGCCCAGCCCGCCUCGCCUCGCCUGCAUCAUGGGGAGCCACAGCUCGAAGGCGCCCAAGGGGGACGUGGUCGGCCAGCAGCAUCCUGCCGAAGCGGGCGCCGGCGCCGCCUCGCCCUCCAAAGCUAACGGCCAGGAGAAUGGCCACGUGAAGAUCAAUGGAGAUGUUUCCCCCAAAGCCGACGGAGAGGCUCCCCCUCUCAACGGCAACGGGUCUGCUGAGCCAGUCAAGGAAGAGGCCAAGGCAGAGACCGGCAGCGGGGAUGCCAUUGAGCCUGCGCCGGUGGCCGAAGGAGCAGACGCCAAGGCAGAGGCGGCAGCUCCUGCCGGGGCUUCCAAAGAGACCCCCAAGAAGAAGAAGAAAUUCUCUUUUAAGAAGUCUUUCAAGCUGAGCGGCAUCUCCUUCCGGAAGGCCAAGAAGGACGCUGGUGAUGCUUCAGCCGUGGCCUCUCCCAGCGAGGAGCAAGGGAAGGCAGAGACCAAGGGGGAGGAAAACCCCGCCUGUGCCGUUGCAGAGACGGGGCCGGCUGACACAACCAAAGAAGAAGCCCCUGAGGAGAAGGCUGUGGCCCCAGUUGACGCUGCCCCUGCUGUGGAGGCUCCACAGGAAGCAGAGGCCCCGAGGGAGGAGGGCAGCCCGGGGCAGGUGCCCCCUGAGGAAGAGAAACAGCAACCUGUGGAGGACCCGGAGGAGGAGAGGAAGCCGGAAGAGACCUCGAAAUCAGGGGAGGCCGAGCCCAGUCCUGCAGCAGGGCUUCCUGAGACCAAGGAAGAAUAGAGCCACCCUGUUGUACACCUAACUUAAAAUUUAAAAAAAAAAAAAACUUUUUCGUGCCAUCCUUCUCAUUCCAGUAACCCCAUGGAAUUGCUGCCUUGUUCACAGAUACACCCCACUCCCGCACACACACACACAAACACAUCUCUCCUACGUUCAGCAUAGAACUGACAAGCUUUUUCACACCCAGUUUUUCCUUUUUUCCUCCCUUCCCACUCCUCAUCAAACACUGUAAAGCAAAAAAGAGAAAUGCCACUGGGAUACUUUUGGUACUCUACACAGCCACUAUUGCCGCUCGGAGCCGGCUUCCUUAAAUCUUUCUUAAGACUGUAUGGAGGAAGACUUCCUGGACAUAACUGGAACUUACUCAGUUUAAUGAGAAUCCAGAUGUUAACACCGAGUUCUGGUCUCUUGGAUCUUCUGUUUCUACUAAUCCUCAGAGCAGCUUUUAUUCAAAGUCCAGUAAACCAGCAACUUGACCGUUCUUCUUCAAAAACGGAUAUUCUCUUAAUCUCUCGGUUUACAUUCCUGGUUCUGAAUUCCUUUAAAAGUAUUUUGUGCUUUUUAUAGAAACCAACAGUUUAAAAGCUAAUCUGGUUAGUUUUUUAUAAUGUCUUGCUAUUGGCUUAAAACCAUAAAACGUGUAAGUCCACUGUGUUUAAUUUCUCUUCAGAGGGAGAAUUUCUUUGGGGAUUGAGGGGGACUUGAAGGGGCAAUGGGAGAAGGGGUGGGAGAGUGCCGGCUAUACGAUGUGGUUUUUGUUUUCUUGUCUUUGUAAAUAAUUUUUUAAUGACCCGACUUCUGAUCUGCAUUUUUCUAACUCCUAAAUAAAAGUUGUAUGGGUCUUAUUGUAACAUUUGAAAGGAAUAAAUGGUGACCCCCCUGCC